AGGUUUAAGAAAAUCAAAGAGGACACUGAAAAUAAAAGGAAAAUGAAGAAGUACGGGUUGCAACUUAGGGUUCAAUCACAGCAGAAAAAACAGCCAACUAGACCCCCACUACCCACCCCGCUUGGAUUUAACGACGAAGAUGAAGAUAAUGUUGAGAGAGACAUUUUGCGCCAGGCCCACAAAAACAAAACUCACAGAGAUAUUGAAGAGCAGCACAAGAAGGCUCUUGAAGAAGACCCUUCGGUGUUUGACUAUGAUGGGGUGUAUGAUAAGAUGAAGGAGAAACAAGUUCUCCCCGUAGAGCAGGAUCGCCAGGAUAGAAAGCCAAGAUAUAUACAAGCCUUAAUGGAUAAGGCGAAACAGCGAGAAAAGGAGCACGAGAUUAUAUAUGAGAGGAAGCUCGCCAAAGAGAGAAGCAAAGAUGAAGACCUUUAUGCUGACAAAGAUAAAUUUGUUACAAGUGCUUACAAGAGAAAGCUUGCUGAGCAAGCCAAAUGGCUGGAGGAAGAGAGACUUCGUGAGCUGAGAGAGGAAAAGGAAGAUGUCACCAAGAAAACAGACAUCAGCGAUUUUUAUUUCAACCUUGGCAAAAAUGUGGCUUUCGGCGCUAGGGAAGCUGAUUCGGGAAGACCUGAUAAGCAGCAGCCUAAGGAACAAAUUUUACAGCCACCGGUACAACCCUCUCAUGUGGCAACAAAUCAAGAAUCAGAAAAAAAGGGAAAUCGUGAUGAAGAUGAUGGUGAGAAUUAUUCUCCCGAGGGAAAUCCCACCCGUACUUACACGCGACCCAUUUCCAAAUCUCCAGAUCGAGAGCAAGUCACGAUUAACGAGCCAGCUUCGGCUAGUAAUCAGUCGAUAACUGACGAGCCAAAAAAUGAUGCAACAGCAAAAGAUCAUCACAAGAGAAGUGAGGAUGCAGUGGCUGCAGCAAAGGCACGGUUCUUGGCACGAAAAAAGGCGAAGGUAUAAGAUAGUUUCAAGCUUAAUUACUUAUUUUACUCGCAGAAUUCUAAAUUUAUUGGCAAAAAUAAUGUUAUAAAUUCAGUGUUCAUACACUAUACAAUUGACAGAGAAUGAAUAUUACAAAAAAGUUAAAACUAUAUACAUUACAAUUUAC